AUGGUAGCAGGAUACUCCUGGCGCUGGCUUGUAAUUUCGCUUCCUGCGUCUCAUUUUUCAUAUUUUAGCGCUUUGAGUGCCAUUUGGCAAACUGCACAACUGGAAACGGCAACAGCAAUGGCAAUGGCGACUGCCCAACAAGGUAAACAGACUGGAAUGAGUAAGUGUGGGACAUGUUCUUGUGCCAGCAGACAAACCUCAAAGUGGCCAUUGGAGUGGGUGACGAGUUAA